ACUCCCUCACACACACACUCUCUCUCUCUCUCUGACGCCUUCUUCUUCUCAAUGGAGGCCAUGAGAAGAAAGCAGCCCGCUGGUCUAGCCAAGGGCAGCUUGGAUAAGGGUGUAUCCACAAAGAAAGAGGAACGUGAUGCAACGAGCAACGGAGAGGAUAAACCAGAUGGAGACAAAGAGAUAGCAGCCAGACUGGCCUCUUCCCCUCCAGCGGAGACGAUGCUAAACGGCACCGAAUGUGACGACAGGAGGCACAAGAGCCCGACACACGGCUCGGCCACCGCCACCGCCAACAAGACUUUACUGCUGGCGACUGAGAACGGCAUGUUGGACACGGAGCCGCCACACGGCUCCGUUACUGGAAGCAAUGGAUUUAUUCUCACUAAGCCGCAGCAGGAAGGCGGCUCUGCAGCGGGGCCAGGUUCGGGAGCUCCCCCCCACAGGACUAACUGGUUGCCUUCGGGCUCACCGACAGGGGGACACACGGCCAAAUCUCCCCCGGGCUCGGCGACUGGCGGCGCACCGAGUUCAUGUGCACUAAGGACUGACCCCAGCACGGGGACUACGUCGGGUCGGGAGACCCCAGACACUAAGAAUGGCACCGCCUCGUCUCCUGCCCCGCCUCCAGCACCCGUCACCAUACACAGAGCGCGCAAGACCAUGUCCAGACCUGCUGUCAGCCCGGCACAAAAGCUUCUUAACAGGGAAUUAAGAGAAGCAAAGAGUGCCAAAAUGGAGAAAAUUGAGUCUCCUGUUGCACCUGAUGCUCCGAAAUCCUCGCAGCAGCCCUCCGCGCAGAACCAUCUACCUCAGAGUCCGCCGGAUACGCUAGCUUCAGCACAAACUGCUUCAUUGGAUUCACCAGCACCUCCUCCAGCUCCCGCGGCACCUCCGGCUCCUCCAGCUCCCGCGGCUCCUCCGGCAGUCCCCGAGACUCCUCCAGCCCCCGAGACUCCUCCAGCCCCCGAGACUCCUCCAGUCCCCGAGACUCCUCCAGCCCCUGAGACUCCUCAAGCCCCCUCGGCUCCUCCAGCCCCAGCCAAGCUCCAAUUAGGUCCCUACUCAGGAGGGUUGUCAUCCCGUAAGAAGAAGAGGAGGAUGGGAAUGUACAGUCUGGUUCCCAAGAAGAAAACCAAAGUGCUUCGGCAGAGAAGUGUGCUGGAAAUGUUUAAGGAGCUACAGCAGUCUGCCAAGAGCCCGCAGACUAAAGAGGUAGCAAACCUAAAUGGGGAGAAGGUGGAAAAUGCGUCCGAGGAGGAAGAGUCGGAGGAGGUGGAGUCUGAGGAAGAGGAGCGACGGCAGCCAACAGAAGAACCUAUCGGUGCUGCACAGGAAGCAGCAUCUGAACCUAUCUCUCAGGUGGGGGAGGAGCAGGAGUCUGAAGAGUCUGGAGAAGAAGAGGGAGAGGAGGAGGGCACAGAGUCUGACUUGAGCACAGAGUCCAGUCUGAAGAAGAAGUUGAAAAAGAAAAUAAAGAGGGACAGCGCGUGGCUCAGGCCGUCUAGGAAACGGAAGAGGAGGAUAAAGGCCAAAGAACUGGAGGCGGGGGAUCAGCCUCAGGCUCCAGCCCGCGCCCAGGCAGGCGUUGGGAAGGAGUGCACGCAGUCUGUCAUCCUCAACAAGCCCCAAGAGCCGGCGCCUCGCUCACAGAACAAAGACGCUUCAGGUUCAGCCAUGGAGGAGGUUCAGGAGCUUCCGCUCUGCAGCUGCCGCAUGGAGACGCCCAAGAGUCGAGAGAUUCUCACCCUGGCAGACAAGAAGUGCAUGGCCACAGAGAGCGUCGACGGACAGCUGACCCGCUGCCAGGGUGCCAUACUGAAACACGAAAUGAUGCGUCCCUCCAACUCUGUUCAGCUGCUGGUUCUGUGCGAGGACCACCGCAACGGCAUGGUGAAGCACCAGUGCUGCCCCGGCUGUGGCUUCUUCUGCAGGGCUGGGACCUUCAUGGAGUGCCAGCCAGACCCCAGCAUCUCCCACCGUUUCCACAGUGCGUGUGCCUCGAUGCUGAAAGGUCAAAGCUUCUGUCCCCACUGUGGAGAGGAGGCCAGCAAGGCCAAGGAGGUCACCAUCGCCAAGGCCGACACCACCUCCACCGUGCCCUGCACGCUCGCACACGGACCCGCCACGCCUGGGAUCCCCGAGGGCCGAGCAGACACCACCACUGGCAGCUCAUCUCGUCUGGCUGCGGGGGCUGAAGUCAGCGGCAGGGCCGACAGCUCGCUGUCCAAUCGCUCUGCCCAGGGACUCGACGCCUCUGCUGUUCCUGGGUCAUCCAGGACCGCGUCACUGCUGGCUGGGGCGGGGACCUCUGUCCCACCUGCAGUCCCUCAAGGAGCAGCUAGAGAGACUCUAGAGAGCAUCCUGGUAGCGCUCGACACAGAGAAGCCCAAGAAGCUGCGUUUUCACCCCAAACAACUUUACCUCUCGGCCAAACAGGGAGAACUCAAGAAGGUUGUGCUCAUGUUGGUGGAUGGUAUCGACCCUAACUUUAAGAUGGAGUCUCAGAACAAACGCACGCCGCUCCACGCUGCAGCUGAAGGAGGAUACAAAGACAUCUGCCACAUGCUCGUACAGGCCGGCGCGAACGUGGACAUGUGUGACGAAGAUCAGCGGACGCCACUGAUGGAGGCCUGUGAGAACAACUACAUGGAGACGGUCCAGUACCUGCUGAGAGCUGGAGCCAGCGCCACACACAAGGAUGUUGAAGGAUUCACGUGUCUCCACCUAGCGGCAAAGUCUGGCCAUUACAGCAUCGUUGAGCACAUUCUGUCCACAGGAUUGAUCAACAUCAACUGUCAGGAUGAUGGAGGUUGGACAGCCAUGAUCUGGGCGACAGAGUACAAGCACGUGGACCAGGUGAAGCUGCUUCUGUCCAAAGGAGCCGACAUCAGCAUCAGGGACAAGGAAGAGAACAUCUGCCUUCACUGGGCAGCGUUCUCAGGCAGCGUGGAGAUCGCCGAGCUGCUCCUAAACGCCCGCUGCCACCUGCAGGCUGUCAACAUCCACGGAGACUCCCCUCUACACAUCGCCGCUCGGGAGAAUCGCUUAGAAUGUGUCACGCUUUUCCUGACUCGAGGAGCUGAUGUGUUUCUGAAGAACCGCGAGGGAGAAACUCCUCCAGACUGCUGCAGCCACAACUCCAAGGCCUGGGCGGCGCUGCAGGCCAACAGGAGGGAGAGGGACGCCAAGAACACCAGGCUCGCUCGGGCAGAGGAAAAAGUCCUUCACAGUGACAUAGCUCUGGGGCAGGAGAGAGUUCCCCUUCCCUGUGUCAACUCUGUGGACAGUGAACCUUACCCAGAUGACUACAAAUACAUCCCUGAAAACUGUGUCACCUCCCCCAUGAACAUCGACAGGAACAUAACCCACUUACAGUACUGUGUUUGCAAAGAAGACUGUUCGACAAGUAUCUGCAUGUGUGGACAACUCAGUCUGCGGUGCUGGUACGACAAGAGUGGUCGUCUUCUACCUGAAUUCUGCCGUGAGGAGCCUCCUCUCAUCUUUGAGUGUAACCAUGCGUGCUCCUGUUGGAGGAACUGCAAGAACCGCGUAGUGCAAAAUGGACUCAGGACCAGGCUUCAGCUCUUCAGGACCAGUAAGAAGGGCUGGGGUGUCCGAGCAGUACAAGACAUACCACAGGGGACCUUUGUGUGCGAGUACGUCGGGGAGAUCAUCUCCGAAGCAGAAGCAGAGCUGAGGCAGAUUGACACCUACCUGUUCAGCCUGGACGAUAAGCCACAAGAUCUAUACUGCAUCGAUGCUCGUUUCUAUGGAAACAUCAGCCGCUUCCUCAAUCACAUGUGCGAGCCCAAUUUGUUUGCCUGUCGAGUGUUCACGACGCACCAGGACCUUCGUUUCCCACACAUUGCCUUCUUCGCCAGUGAAAACAUCAAGGCUGGAGAGGAGCUUGGAUUUAACUACGGCGACGACUUCUGGGAAGUCAAAAGCAAGCUGUUCAGCUGCGAGUGCGGCUCGUCCAAGUGCAAGUACUCGUCCGCGGCCAUGGCGUCGCUGCAGGCCGACAGCACCCCGGAGAACCAGCAGCAGCCCAGCGCGUCUCCCGACACCAGCUCUUCCACCAGUCCCUCCAGCCCCUCCUAAAGACGCCGCCACACUACACUUCGCCUACACGUACACCGCUGUCGGACACACGAGGGCGGCUGUCUCCAUCCUCCUUGAACUUUAAACUUUUUUUUUAAUCCGUGAACUCGUACUGUAUCUUCACUUCUGAUAUAAAAACCAUGGACCUUCGCGAGAACCCGUACAACGUCGUCACACGGAACCAGAUGCACAAUCGAAUCCUGGAAGAGCUUCCUGCUCCUUUUUUAAUUCCACCUCGUGUAACAUGAAC